AUGGCUCCAUAUCUCCUUUCAAGAUCCGACUCCACCAAUCCUUCAGGCGUCCUUCCUAUCAGCAGAACCAUUUAUAUAGUCGGGUUCACCCUCGCUGGAUUACUUGCUGCUAUUUCCAUUGUGUGGCUUGCAUUGAGGUUCUUCCGCCGCAAAUUGCAGGCAAAACGUGCAGAAGAACGGGGUGCAGCUUUCCUCAAUGUACGAGGUGUUGUUCGAGAAAUGAACGAGCCCGUCAGCCAGUUCCCUGGUCAACCGACAACUAUUGUCUUCCCACAAAAGGUCAUUGUCCCUCGUCCUGCUCAAGUAGCAAGUCCUUCAAGACACGACCAUCUUUCUUCCUCUGAACUUCCCGCAGCAUCUGCUGCCCCCUUGCCACGUCCCCGCGCACUCUCUAAUCUCAAUCCCUCGCAUCCGCGCCACAGUUGCGCUUCCCACCAAGCCCGAUCAGUUCGGCAAUUUUUCCAACCGGUGCUUCCUGAUGAACUCCCUCUUUCGCGUGUAGGAGAGCAACUCCACAUUCUGCAGUCGUUUGAUGACGGCUGGUGCCUCGUUGCGCAAAAUAACUCUCGUCGCUCUCGUUCUUCAUUGUCCAUAUUCAAUCCCUCGCGACUCUCUGCCAGGGUGGAAAGUAGCGGAGACAAUGUACAACUUGGUUUUGUCCCAGCAUGGGUCUUCGUCAAGCCCACGAAGGGACUGCGUGUAGAAAGACCCAUUCGCAGCUCCAGCGCAGGAGCACUCCAGGCUGGCUUGGAUGCCGAAAUAAGAGACUCUGUGAUUUCUUGGUCCAACUUUUCUUGA